UAUAAAGGGACUGUGCCACUCUCGCUUUCGACCAGUCGCAAUCAACGUAACACCGUGCUUCACAGGUGUUUCGCAAUAGUGCGAGAAAAUGAAGCUUUUGAUCUUGAUACUGACGGUCGCCGUUGCGGCCGAAGACAGCAAGUGGAUCUGGGGCGACGAAGAAAAGGCCGAGGAAAAGGCAAAAGCCGGCGAUAAUAGAAAUAUCAGAUACAACGUACACGAGUACCCGGAUAAUUCCGACGGCGGGUUCGCGUCGCAGAAUCAAUUUAGACCCCAAUAUCCUGGACCGUAUGGACCGAACAGCAGACCUAUCAGACCCGGAGAUGGUAACCAAGUUCUCGUCGGACCGGAUGGACCGAGUGGAAUUAUUGGCAGGGCUCAACGCUUUCUGAUAGAGCUUUUUUCGGACCUUCUUUUUAGACCGGACAACAACAGACCCUUCAGGCCUGGCGGUGAUGGAUUCGACUACAAUUCCGGGCCGGUUUUACCGGGCGUAAACGUGGACCCGAUACUGACUGGUCCGGUGCCUUCGUGGAUAAGAAACGACCCCCGGUACCAGGAAUUCGACACCUGCAAGUGCAGCCGCGGAUUCAACUGCCCUGGCGUGAAAUUCGGCUCCUGCUCCAGGGGCAAACAGUAUUGCUGCUUCAGCAGCCGGAAAUACGGCGGUAGCGGGAACGGAUAUCAGCAGUUCAACGGAAACUACCCCAACAGGCCGCAGUACCCGGGCAACCUGCCGUUCAGACCCUUCAACGCGAUUCCUCCUGAGUACUAUGAAAACGGGAACAAUUACGGGGGUGAUUACGACGGCGAUUAUUACGGACAGUAUCAAAACGGCGGCUACGACAGGCCGUCCAACAACUACAACAGGCCCUAUAAUAAUUAUGGAAACGGACAGAACGGCUUCUACGAGAGGCCUUAUCGGGGGCCAUAUGCCCCCAGCUACGCGGGCAACAACAGCCCCUACUAUCAGGGUGGCUUCAACUGGCAAAACCCUUACAACAGGCCCAGACCCUACGACUUUGAUGACUACGCGAGGACGGCUGGGAAAUCUAAAAGUAAAAACGACAAAACCGCCAAUGACGUGCCAACAAGUCCCAGCACUGACAGUGAAACGAACAAGGAUAAUUGAUUAAUCCUCGCCGAAGAGGCGUAUGAACUUGAAAGAGACUUUUGCUGGGGUCCAGGUUCAAUCACUCGCAAUUGAAAGGCCAAUAUUAUUAUUAUUAUGGUUCAUCAGAGAAAUACUGUUGCCGAAAUUUCUCCUGAUUCGUGGAUAAUUAUUCUCCGUGAACCGUCGCAAUACUUUUCACGUCUCAGCGUCGUCGUGAUUCAAUGUUAUUUCACCAAUUUAUACGAUUUCACGUAACACGUGGAAGCGUUCGUCCGACCACGUGUCUUACCAUACCAAAGUACAUUCAUAUAUGUAUAUCAACCCUAUCUGAAUCGUUAUCGUACAUUAAUGAUGUGUCUUCUUCUUCUUCCCUAGUAAAGCUAUCAAUUUUUACUACUAUAACUUAUUGCUGUAAUAAUGAAAUAUAAUGUUUUGUUAUAUUCAUA